GGUUUUGGAGGUUGAUGCCUCGGUGAACGUAGAGGAUGUGCACAAGAAGUUUGAAGCUCUGAAAGUAGCUGAGAGCCAAAGCUGGGUGGAGGAGCACAAGCCAGCACCGCGCCAGAGGAAAGCAGUGAAGAAGCCAUCAGCUGCACCUGCCAAACCCGCAGGAACGAAAGCAGCAGGAGCAAAGUCUCGCCUGGCUGCCGUGAAGGCGGCCAUGAAAGCUAAACAGCAGGCAGACGAGGCGGAGAAAGCAGCAAAGGAUUCUGGGAACUUAGACUCUCAGGAACCACAGCCUGAAGCAGAGCCGCAACCCGCUGCUCAGGUGGUGUUCGAUGGAGGGUUCUUCCGGGUGGAGAGCCCAGCCAGACCGUCAGGAGGUUCAGUGAGGAGAUCCAGCCGCCUGAGUGCCGCCCCUCAGGCCUCCCCCUCCUCCAACUACCUCACCCCCAGAAGAUUCACCCGGCAGUCCCCCGCUCUCUCACAGACCCCCGUCUCCACCGCCGCCUCUCCCUCUCACACUCUCCAAACUCCCGCCCUCCUCCGUCUCACCCUCGGAGAAACUCAAACACCCAAGUCUCAGCGCGGCACUCCUCAGGCGUCGCGGAACAGAAACGAAAACGUCUCCCUCUGUUUCUCACCUGCCAAGGAAGUGUGUUCCGACGACACUCGGCCGGGAAAGAGCCCUGCGCACCCAGCAGUCUCCGUGCAGGAGAACACGGCUGCUGAUCCUGAGCUGAACACUCCAACACCUGCACGCUCACUUCCGUCCAUCUCUGUCGUCAUGGAGCAGGAGGAACCCUCUGAGGCCGUCGAUGUGGACCUCCCUCUCUCUUCAAGGCUCUCCCCCUCUCCUUGUAAAACUCCUCUUCCUGUCUCCCAUGCCCCUGAUUCCUCACCAUCUCUCGGUUUCAUGUUGUCACCCUGUGUGACUCCCACCUCCCCCCCUCCCGCUGUGGAGGCGUCAGAGUCUGUGUGCCAAACCCCUGACGUUGUUGAGGAGAUUCCCGGGUUGGACUUUGAGCGUUACCUCCAGCCUUCAAUGAGAUGCAGCCUGUCGCCGCAGGCUACAGUUGCCGUGGAGACACUGUCCCCCAUGGCGGUGGAUGUGGAGAUGGAGAGUCCCGGAGGUCCAUCAGAGGACCUGCCCUCUCAAAGGGAACCAGCGGGUCCAGGGGUGUCUUCAAUGUUAUUUCUUCAGUCACCACAGAAAGCCGAGUAUGACUGUCUCCUCUUCACCCCCGACAUGAAGGAGCGGAUACGACAGUCCGUCUGUCCGAGUGACCUCAUGGUCUUCACCCCUCCCUCUAAUGUGUAGCAGAGAUUUCCUUUACAUUUUUAUUUGUUACAUAUGUUAACCAAUUGAAGCACCAAAGAGUUUCUGAUUCGUGUUUUUUGUCUUUUUAUAAAUAAAUAUUUUGUUACAACCAGGAAA